GAGCAAUACUCACUCUUUUUGAACCUGAUCGGCCAGCUUGUCUCCCCCUCUUUGGAAGAAGCCACAAGCCAAUUCUUACCCUUCAGGAGCGUGAAGGCAGUAUACCCCCCAACUCUUAUGAUGAGUACAGUCACCGCCACGCAGACGGCGGCGGAGCAGGCCGAAGCCGAGGCGCAGCUGGCCUGGGAGCGCGAGAUGGAGCUGGCCGUGCAGGGCCGCGGCCGCACGCGCAGUCGCUCCAUCCUCGCGGACGACGAGGACGAGACGGAAGGAAGCGACCGCAGGAGACGCGGCACGGCGCUUCCCGACGAUCUACCGGUUCCACAGAGCGCGGAGGACGCCGACAGACGUUCUAGAGCGCGUUGCUUUAGCUCACGCGAGGUUGGAGUGAGCGAGGACGACGCCGCGCGAGCCAGGAGGCGUAGUUGCUCGUUCUCGGCCCUGGAGCCGCCCAGAAACCUCGUGAGACACGAUACAGAGACAGAGGAGGACGCCGAGAGUAUGGCUAAGCGGGCUGCAUCGCUGUCUAAGAUCUACCUGGCGGGAUCGGCCCCUGUGGACGUGUCCAAGCUGCAGGAUGAUAGUAAAAUUGUGGGCGUUAAGAAAGUGGAGGUAGUCCAGCCCACUGGCGCGCUGUCCGCUGCAGCGUUGGACGCUCUGUCCGAGGGAUUGCAGCUGUCCGUGGACAAUAGUCCCAUGCCUCCGUCUGGAUACGGAGACGAGCAGCUCACGGAGGAGCAACUGGAGGAGAAGAAGAUGGAGGAGGAGGAGGACCAUAAGCUUAAGGCGGAGAAGCUCUCAUCCAGGAGGUCACUCAGUGUAAGAGCCUCGUUGUUUAGAAACAAAAUGUUCAAGAGCACAUCGAGAUUGCUGGGGAACUCGGAAGAGGGGGCCAAGUUGGAAGCGGCAAGAAAUGUUGGACACAGAACGACAGGAGCAGAGAAGCUGACGAACGAGGUUACAGCAGAUUCAGUCCCCGUGGCUCCGAAGAAGAGGCAUAAAUUGAAGCUUUUGCUGCUUGGAGAUAGCGGUGUCGGUAAAACCAGUUUGAUGCGUGUAUUCUCCGGUGACGAGUUCUCCGAGUCGAUGCUGGCCACCGCUGGUGUGGACUUCAAGCUCCGACAUAUUAACGUUGCGGACGAAGCGAUUACUCUCCAGAUCUGGGAUACCGCAGGCCAAGAGCGCUUUCAUCGCAUCACUGCCACAUAUUACAAGGGCGCAAACGGCAUUGUCCUCGUGUACGAUGUCAGCGAUAGACGCAGCUUCGACAAUGUUGGCUACUGGAUGAACAACAUUCGACAGUACUCGGCUCCGACGCAGAUGCCUGCCAUGCUGCUCGUAGGAAACAAGAUCGAUCUACCAAACCGCGUAGUGACGUUGGAGGAAGGUCAAGCAGCAGCGAGCCAGUAUGGCUGCCGAUUUAUUGAAACGAGUGCCAAGACGUCAGAAAACACGAACGGCGCGCUCGAAACUAUUGCGCGCGAUGCUUACAUGAUCAGCGUUAACCCCACUCUCACACAAAAAAUAUUGAUGGACCGGGAGAAGACGCUGGCUGGCCGACGCAACAAGGAAAACUGCGUCAUUCAGUAGAGAUUCGCUCGCUGUUCUCGCAUCUCUCUUCGCCGAUAUCAUAACUAAAAUAUUGAGCGAAGUGACCAGGGAAUGCUACCGAUAAGGGGGUAGUCACGCACGGCCAGCAAGAGCACCCAAUCCGAUAUUUAACCCGAUUGUAGCGGAUGGUUGACACCAAAUAUUAACAACUCGCAGCACAAUCCUUUCUAUUGAUGUACCGGCGUUCUACUGCUGCUCUUGGUCUGAUGAUCGAGUCUCCACUCGAGAGCGCAGGAACUGUUCGGCCUCGGCUUUGCGCUCCGGAUUGUUCAUGACCUCCAUGAAUUCCCGAGUUUGACGUGCUCGGAGACGGUACGCAGUAGUGCAGAAUAACCUGCAACAACAUUAGAUACGUGUACGGUGAGUUAAAGGACUUGGAGGUUAUGUGAGACUUCUUCAGGUAAAAUACCAGGUGCCACCGCCGACGACUCCGAACGCGCCUAUGGCCCAGUCGCAGGACGAACGGAUGCGUCUGCAGGUACGGAAACGGUGCGCACCGAUGACACUGGCCACGGCAAUGCCCCACAUGAGACCAGUGCGGAAGCACGGAGGGUUCUUGAGCACCACGUCGGUGGAGGAGGAGGACGACAUCUUGCCUGUGCUAAUCAGUUUUUUUAUUGAGAAAAAUGUAAUAUUCGGUUAAAAAUGACAAGAAUGAACUUCCUCGAUUUAGCGAA